AUGGUGAAAUUGGAUAGCAACUUCAAGUCUUGUACAGCUACAUGGGAUUCGUUGAAGAUCUCUUUGCCAAAGGUUCGUGAUGAUCCUUUAGGUUUUUCAUCAUCUCUGAUUACUUCUGUAUGUCCAGACCAGAGUAAUUUUCGAGGUUCAACACCGGAUUCACCGGUUCUCACAUCUCCGAAGACUCGAGCUAAGCCUUAUGGCUCAUUGUUAGCUCGUGGUUGUUCAGAUGUUCAAGAUCGUGCAAUUUCUUUGCCGAUUUCAGUCUCUCUCGGUUGUUCCACCGAUCAACAUACAGCUACUUUGAUGGUGAUUGCUCACAAGGUUGGGUGUUACACUGGUAAAGCAAGCUUGUAUACUUGGAACUCUUUCAUUCCUGAAGAUGUUUCUUCGGUUUUAGUUGAUCUUAUGGCUGGCUUAGUGAUGAACUCGUAUUCAUUGUUUCCUGAUUAUGGAACAUUGCGAUGUGGUAUGGAUUCAGAAGAUAGUUACAGGCUUCAGUAUCGUUGUAGACAGGGGGAGCAACUUAAGUUUGCUGUUGAUCCAUGUUGCUUAGACCUCUGUGAUUGUCUAGCUGAUUGUCAUAAUAUUCUGCUCUUAGAAUCUCUGGCCUGUGAAGUAUAUGAACUGAUGUCGAUGAACUUCAGAGGAUUGCCGAUGCUAGCACCUCUUGUUAUUGGCUCAUUUAUCAACCUCUCCACUGCAACUGCUGCAUUGGUUCAACAUUUAAGAUGUUGGUUUCAUUUGUUCUCUCUUGACAAGCAGCAAGCUGAUGCAACAAUUGAUUUUUGGCUGCAAUAUUGCAAGACGUUUACUGGUUUUAAGGAUUCAACAAGUUGUCUUGGGAUGCUGUUCGCUGUUGCUGAGAAGUUCUUUUGGUUUAAUGAUUCACACAUUUGGAGUGAUGUGGUGUGUGAUGAUGUGGUUUACUUUCUGGGUACAAGAUAUGGAUGUCAAGAGCUUGAUAGACUGCUUCAGGAGAUGGAGUUAAUGUCUGAGAUAAGCUAUUUCUUACUGAGAAUUAUGCAGGUUCCUAUUCAAAUUGACAGAACCGAGAUUUCUGGCCUUGAGCUACUACUCAAACAGAGCUUGCCUCAAGCUUUUCUGCACAUACUCAAGCAAGACUAUGACUUCUUCAGAUGCAUAUAUGUGGUUAUUUCUGGUCGUUUUGGUCUACUCACUGAAAUUCCUUAUGGUUCAUUGCCAAGACCGCCAGAUGUUUCAUUCCCCUCUAAUUCAUAUGGUUUUCUUCAUGUCCAAGAUGUAAUGGCUUACAUCUUGAGGGGGAGUAUUAAGUAUGAUGAUAUGGUUUACACAUUUAGAUAG